UUUAAAUUUUUAUUAUAGCUGUUGAUUUGAAGUCUGGUAAUGGCAAAAUAGUUGAAGGCAGUAUAGAUGGUGUAAAACCAGGUUGCACUCUCAUAAUUGAAGAUGAAGAUAUGUUUGCUUUGGUGACUGGAAAACUAGAUCCUCAGAAGGCUUUCAUGUCUGGCAAGUUGAAGAUAAAAGGCAAUAUAAUGCUUACACAGAAAUUGAAACCUCUUUUAUCAGCUAGACGAAAAACUCCAUUAUCUGAAGGCCCACAAGUUGAGUCAACACCUGUUAUGAAGUGUGAUGGUAUCUUUGUAAAACUAGGCGAAAAAUUGAAAAAGAACCCUGAUUUGGCCAGCUCAAUACAAACUGUAUAUCAGUGGAAUAUUCUGAAAAAUGGGAAGCAUAUUUCCACAUGGACUCUUGACCUUAAAAACGGAGUUGGAUCUGUUUAUAAAGGAACACCUAAAAAUGAUAAACCAGAUUGCAUCUUUAUUUUGGAAGAUGAUCUCUUCACAAAAAUUAUGGAUGGUUCAGCAGACCCUCAAAAGGCAUUCAUGUCUGGAAAAUUGAAAAUUACAGGCAAUGUACUUGCAUCUCAGAAACUACAAGCAAUUUGGGAAAAUCCAGAAGAAGAAACUGAAAAAGUGUCAUUUGCUGGAGCUCCCAAAGACUCAGAUGAAAGUUCUGGGAAUGAUCCUUCUCAACUAGGAGAAAUGCCAGCUACUUUGAAAUCGGAUUUUGUAUUUCAAAUUUUUGCCGAGAGACUUGGUGAAGAGCCAGAGUUGGCAAAAAAGAUGAAAGUUGUAUAUAACUGGAAUAUACUCCAGAGUGGAAAAAAAAUAUCAGAAUGGACUGUGGAUUUGAAAAGUGGAUCUGGAUCUAUCUACAGAGGUCCUCCAAAAUCUGGGAAAGCUGAUGUUAUUCUGACAAUGGAGGAUGAAGAUGUUAUACUUAUGAUGUUAGGAAAACUGAACCCACAAAGAGCAUUCAUGACAGGAAGACUGAAAAUCAAAGGGAAUAUUAUGCUUACACAGAAAUUAAACCAGUUGUGGCAGGAAAUAUUAAAAUCUGGCCGAGCUGUUGAGCUACCUAUACUUUCUGCUAUUUUAGCUGAUAGGCCAUUUGACCCAUCAUUAAGAAGUGAGCCAUGUUUUGUAGAGCUUGGCAAACGAAUUUCCAGAUUGCCAGAACUUGUAGAAAAAUUCAAGACAGUCUUUGAAUUCAAUGUUACUAAGAACAGUGAAAAGCAAACUCAGUGGAUUGUAGACUUGGAAACAGACAAAGGAAUGCUUUCUCGAGGUCCAGCUAAAGAAGGUGUGACGCCAACAGUUUUCAUAAAUGUAGAUGAUGAUGUGUUUGCUGAUUGGAUUUUAUAUAAAAUUUCUGCUGAUCAGGUCGUUUCCUCCAACAAAACAAAAAUUCAAGGGGAUUCUUCUCUUGUUUUAAAGCUUUUGAAUUCUUUCAAACUGACAUCAAAGUUAUAAAAGAUAAAAUUAAGAAGUAUUAUCUAUAAAUUGAUAUAUAUUUGAUUAUGUCGUUAUCAGCAAAGUCGUGACUGUUAUUUCUGUUAAGGUAAAAGGAAUAUUUUUCUCCUUUGAUAAAAGGAUAGGCUGUUACUUAAUUUACUAACUACUUAUGUAAUUAUGAUGUUACAAAUUUUUCUAUUUUUGAUACUUAUAAUAUAUAAGUAUUAUAGGCUUUUAAAUAUGAAAUAUAUUCUGUAUAGUACAAAUCAUCUAUCAUAGUUUAAAAUCUUGGUGGUGAUUUUCUGAGGAAAGGGAUGGACUUCAAAAUAAAUGAAUAAAAUAUUUACAUUGUAUGUGUAUGAUUUGUAUAUUUUCUGUAAUAAAUUUUUUAUUUUGUACAUCUGA